AUGGAAAAUGGAUCGGACCGAGAAUUUUUCAAUACUCCUUCGUGUGUCGUGGCUAUUCCACCUUUUUUUUUCCCUGCAACACCGGUUCAGUUUGUCAAAAUGGCUUCUCAUGAAAAAGUUGAUUCAAGUUGGUCUAGAGAAACAGUUUAUUUUGUUUUAGCCACAUUGUUGGUGUUAGCAAUCCUAAUAAUCACCCUUAUUCAAAGAUGGCAGAGCAGAAGACAACCCUCAACAGUUGCACAUGAAGAGGAAAGUACUGUGCGUCGCCGUAUGCCUGAUCCUGUAACUCGGGAGGACCUGCCUACAGGAGCCAGGCAUAGACAGGCAAGACGUAGGAUGCAAAUAGAAAGAGAUUCGGAUGAGGAAACUCCAGUUGCAAGUCAGAGGCAUGAAGAUGAUGAUGAUGAUGAAGAAGAAGAUAUUUAUGACAAGAUUGCCAUGCCAGAGGGAAAAGUUGGUACAAAGAAGCUCCGAAAAUUACAGGAAAAAGCAGAAAAGCGAGCAAUGCGGGAACAAUUAGAAAGAGAACGAGAAGAAAAGAAAGAACAAGCUGCAGCAUUGGAAGAGAAAAGGAAAAAAGAUGAAGAAAGACAAAAGAUAGAGGAAGCAGCUCGUGAAGAGGAAGAACGCAAGCGAAAGGAGGAAGAGGAACAACGAGAACAUGAAGAAUAUUUGAAGCUUAAGGAAGAGUUUACCAUUGAUGAAGAAGGAGAACAAGAAGAAAACACAGAUCUCAAUUCUGAGUCCCUCUUGAACCAGUUCAUCAAUUAUAUAAAAGAACUCAAAGUUGUUAUGCUGGAAGAUUUGGCUAUACAUUUCAAAAUCAAAACACAGGAUACUAUUGACCGUAUUAAUACCCUCUUGAAUGAAGGUAAAUUAACUGGAGUGAUGGAUGAUCGAGGAAAAUUUAUCUAUAUUACCAGGGAAGAGAUGGAAGCCAUAGCCAAAUAUAUUCGACAAAGAGGCCGUAUUUCAGUCUCUGAUUUAGCCAAGUCUAGCAAUACUCUGAUUAAUCUCAACCCAGACAAUGAAUUGGCUCAGAGAAGACUUUUGACAGCAGCAGCAGCAUUUUUUCCUUUUCAGAAAUAA